AUGGCGGCUUUCAAUAGAGUAAACAAAAUAAAAAGGAUUUUGGCUUGGUUGAUGUAUCUCCGGAAGCGUAAGAAUUUAAAUAAAAAACACAGAACAAAAUUGCUAAAUAGCAAAUCAUGUACUGAUGCGAGGAACAAAUAUGCACUACCUUUUAUGAAUGUGAUUUUAAUGGCCAUUAACAGUCCUCGAACAAGGGAAAUAUCGAUGCAUCCAAGAUCACUCACUUGGUUUGAUAUGGUUGAUAGAGAUUUUUAUGAUGAACUUUGGUACGUUAAUUUCCGCGUAACAAGAGAAACAUUCAAUUUUCUUUUAAACAAAGUAAGACAUGAUUUACUGCACAAAAAUACUGUCAUGCGUUUAGCAAUAACGGCGAAGAGACGACUUGCGCUUAUGUUAUAUUACCUUGCAUCCACAGCGGAAUAUAAAACAAUAGCAAACUUAUUCGGAGUUUCCCGAUCGUUUGUGUGUGUUUGCAUUAGGGAAGCAUGCUGUGCCAUUACCAAACGACUGUCAAAGGUCAUUACAUUUCCACGCAGACAAGAUUUACAGCAAAUUAUUGAUGGGUACGAACAAAAGUGGGGGUUUCCGAUGUGUGCGGGGGCGAUUGACGGCACUCACAUCCCAAUAAUCGCACCUACUGAGAGCCAUGUAGAAUACGUCAAUAGGAAAGGCUUCCAUAGUAUAGUGAUGCAAGCUUGUGUUGAUUGUAACUACUUGUUUCGCGAUGUUGUGGUUGGUUGGCCUGGAAGCGUUCAUGACGCACGGGUUCUUUCCAAUUCUGCAAUUUACAAGCAAGGAAACGAAGGCAAACUGUUCACCACAGACCUCACAAAAGAAAUUAACGGAGAAGAAAUACCCCCA